UACUGUGUACAAUAUGAAUAUUGAAUAGUAAAAAAAGUAGUGCGUACGUACAUUUCAAUAGGUAAAUGCCAAAUGACUGUGUAAAACAAACAUAUUUCGACAAAAAAUCAAUGGAAUUUUUCACGUUCAGCAUAGCAGAUGUUUUAUUACCCUCUUUAUCCCUUUAUUUAUGGCUUUUCCAGGAUUAUGUUUACCUCUUCCUUUUUUUUUUUCGUUUCCAUUUUGUUUCAACAGCACUCGUUGAACCGCGUAAUCCGAUCGCUGACAAUAAAAUGAAAAUUUAAUCUGAUAGUAAAUAAAAGUAGAGUGAGUUAAAAGCCCUUGAAGAUAUUAAGUACUAAAUCGUCCCAGCUUAUGGGUAUAGGCAUACAGAUAUUAAUAAGUUAAUCGUAAGUGUAUUAGCCAAUUGACUCUACAAGAAUAUUAGUUUAUUAAUAAUGAAACCUGUACCACCCCAAAACUGUUAGUUAUUUAGAGACGAACAUUGAAUAGAUAAAACGAGUUGUUGAAAUAGCGACGCCGAUAUUUGGUGUUUUCGGUGCAUUGUUCUGGAAGGGUGACUGUGUAUGCUUAUUGGAUUUCAUAUUCACACUGUUCCGCGUGAGGGGAUGAAAAUUCACUUGUUUCCGAAUAAAUGCAUUUAAAUCAGGCGACAGCGACAACUUCAAAGCAAAAUCUGGAAUUGGACCUGGAUUAUUUGGAACGGCGCCAGAAUGCCACGGUCAUUUCGCACACGAGUCAACCGGCCCAACAGAAAGGUUCGAUUGAAAACAGUCCCGAGUCCGUAGACAGGAUAAAACUGAUCGUUUUGGGUGCUUCUGGUGUCGGAAAAACGAGCAUUAUCCAGCAGUUCGUUUGGAACGAUUUUUCUCCAGAAUAUGCCCCCACCGAUCGAAAACAUACUUACUAUCCAUCUGUAAUAACUCACGAUAGACUUUACGAAAUCAAAAUCACCGAUCUUCCCGUUAUUCCCUAUUUUCCGGUGAACACUUUCUACGAAUGGACGGAUUUUCGUUACUAUGGUUUGAGGAGUGCUACGGCCUACAUUCUUGUCUUCGACCUCUCGAAUUUGGAAACGUUUCAGUUCGUAAGGACGUUGAAGGAGCAAAUUUACGAAAGCAGGAACAUGGCCAACGUUCCUGUACUAGUGGUAGGGAACAAGGAGGAUCUGAUAGUGCAAGAGGAUGGUCCAGGGGGCGGUGGGGGUUCGGGAAAGUUGGCCAUCACCAGCGGGGUAGACGAAAAGCGAAGGGACAUUGUAAACUUGGUGAAGAAACACUGGAAAUGUGGAUACAUCGAAUGCAGCGCGAAAUACAACUGGAAAGUCAUCGCAGUUUUCAAAGAACUCAUGAACAUGAUAGACAGCGUCGAAAUAAGGGACCAGAGUCCCAUGUUAGAUAAUAUACAGGAGGCUUUGGAUAGAAACAAGUGCGCGAUCUUAUGAAAAAUUCUUUUUUUGUUUUGUAUUAGGAAACAAUUUACUACUCGGUGUCGCAAUAUUCGCCAGUAAUAAAAACGAAAGAAAGUAAUAAGUACUUAAAAAAAAAUAAAAAGUGACAAUCUAAUAAAUGUAGAUAAAAAAAAGCACAAAGUAAUUACCGUACUUUUACGUAAUAAAAUUGGUUGUGAUUAUUAAAUUGGUGGUAAAUAAGAAAUAGGUUCUGUAAUCGUACAAAAAUGCAAUAUUAUACUUAUAAUUGUUGUUGCAUAUUACAUUUUUUGUUAUUAGUAUUGUAUAUAGGUGCAGUAAAAUUUGAAGCAAUAAUAUUGCAUUCUUAAAUAGGGAUGAUGUUAAAAUAAAACUAGCAACAACUCGU